AUUACUGAGAUGCAUCAGGACAGGAUUAAAAGUGAUCUUACCAGAGGAACAAUGACAGAGUUUGAGCAGAAGCUCCGUAAGCAGCAUGAGGACUCCAUGCACCGUGAGCUGGAAGCACUGCUCACUUCAGCUGACAAAUCUGAAGCAGAG